GGGGGCGGGCUCAGAACGUCCUCGCGAGGCGCGAGGGCUGCGCUGCUGCUGCCGGGUUCGUGCGCCGCCAUCGCCACCCCCAGGAUCUGAAGGAAGAUGACGUUUGCCGAGGAUGAAGUUUAUAAGUACAUUAAGCAAAACAUGUCCAAGUUCCACGUCAUCCGCGUGGAACAGAUGCUUCCCUUUGUGUCAGCAUCCCUCUCUGUUCCAGAUGUGGAGGAAAUUCGAGCCGUGUUGAACAGCAGGGGGAACCACGUCGCCGUGUGGGACUUCAUUGACUUCCUGAGGCGCCGGAAUGGAUGGGUGGAAGUCUUCCUCAACGCCCUCCAUCAGGCCAACUUUUGGGCACUGGAAGAGGAGGUGCAGCGGGUGUACGAGGCGAUGCAAGUUCGUCCUGCUGUUCCAUCCUCUCAUCAGGCGACCAGAUCCCCGUCCAGCUCCUCGUUGGCAUGCAGCCAGACCUCCCCACCUGCUGAGAGUCCUGGCUCUCAGGGGUCUGGCAUCGCCUCUCCGCUGCCCAGGAAGCCGGUGACACCUGCAUCUUGCCCUCCCUCUAUCGUGGCCUCUGACAGUGCUGCAGAGGGCUUCAGGGAUCCGACGGUGGAGAUGCCAGAGAAGGUCCCAGAGUGGAUUCCAGCCCCUCCACGGCAGGUUCUCAGUCCCCAGCAGAUGAGAAACAUAUCAGUUGGGGCGGUGCAGGCCUCCUAUAGAGGCAGCGACCCCGGAAAUAUCAGCCUACCUCCCCUGGACAGCCAGCAGAAUCGUAGGGAGGUGCCAGCGGGACAAGCAGGGCUUGUAGAGCUGGAUAUGCCCAGUGAGCAGACCCAGAGCUGGCCCAGUCGCCAGCAGCAGCCAGUCUGUGUGAACAACGGGUAUUUUGGGAACAUGAAUCACCUGAGCUCUGGGGCUGGUAGCAAAGUCCUGGUAACCGGCCGAUCAGCACCAAGGGAGGAGCCAAGAUCUGCCAAGACCCCCAACGCUAGCAGGAACGAGCCGGAAGAGGUUUCCUUUGUCUCCAUUGACUGCUCCCCUCCACCAGGAGGGGCGGCCAGAGAGGGCCAGGGGGACAGGCCACUGGCUGGAGACUCACUCCAGGAGGAUAAGCGCCGGGCUCUGGCAGGUUAUGUGAAUGAGAGUGUGGCAUGCAGCACGGUGGAUGUGCGCAGCCCUUUGCUGAUUCAGAAGCAGUUUGAUGUGGAGCAGAAACAGGCCCAGAUGCUGCAAGAUGGUGGAGGAGACGCAGACCUUCAGCAUCACACCGCCGCCCCUGCUCUUGCAGCUGACCCCCAGCAAUUGACUUCUACUCCUGUCCCGAGUAAUGCUCCUCUAGCCAAAUCCCAGCCCUUUGCUGGCCCACCCAGCACAACCAAGCUUCUGCACCUCUCUAAUUCUGGUCUUGCUGGGGAGUCUCUGGAUGCCAGCAGCUUCCCCUCUUCUGCAGCUCGCUCACCAUUGUCCUCUGGCUCAGCGCACUUGGCCUGCGACAGCUCCCUGGAUAAGAUGAAGACUCCGAUCCAAGAGACCAAAUUGCCAGAGGGGGGGAAGAGCAGCAGCAACUUCUCUGUGCUGCCCCAGAAGGAGGUGGUUCAAACCCCACAGCCCCCUCAUUCGGAUGUGAGUCAAGCCAAGCCAGAAAUCUCUGGGAGCAUGAGAAAUGCCAGCCCGCAGAACCCAGCUGGCAUGACCAGAAACAUGCCAGACAUCUGUAGGAGCUACCAGGUUUUUUGCAGCAGGGAGGAAGAGCAGCUCAGCAAGCCAGGCAUGCUCUGCUCCACCCACAGCGAGCUCCCGGAGCAGCCAGCAUGCCGGCAGCCUAGCUCACAAGACACAGACCCUGAGUAUUCUGGGAGGUCAGACCGCUUUCUCCUCAGCGACCCCAUCAUGAUGAGCAGCUUGAGCACGACCAGCUCUGACCCUGGAGGCGCCUGCAACCUUCAACCAGAAGAAAGUCGUUCUUCGUCCUUCUCAAAGCCACACCAACUGCCUUCGGCAGCUGUCAGUGGCCCUGAGAAAGAUGAGGUUCCCCAGAUUGGCCGAAGCACCUAUCAGUCAUUGAGCAGCAGCUGGGACGCCGCUGAUGUGAGAACUCACGAGAUCCACGUGACAAAUGAUCCUAGCUUGGAGCUGGAGGAUGCUGUCGACCCCAGGGACAGGGACAGCACCUGCAGGACCUCUCCUGCAUCAGCCUCUCCUGACUUGUCUGGGGGACGUCCUAGCCACGAGGCAGGCAGUAGCACGCAGCCCGAUGGUCCUUGGAGUCCCACGGCACCUCUGAGAGAUUCGGGACACAACGCGAACCAGCCAAGAGGAGACGGUGCCGAGGAUGCCUCUCCCUAUUUGGGGCUAGCCAUGGCCGUUGCCUUCUUUUCUGUUGCGGGGUUGAUGCUGUACAAGCAUCUGAAUAAUUAGCAGAGGAGCGCAGCAGGGAGAUGGAAGAACAUCACUUCCUCUCUAGCCACCAAGACUUGGGUGAAUGCCACGCUUAGCCAUGUACGCAGAUGGCUCCUUUCUCUUUCGGCAACAUUUCAGUCAGCGGCUGUACAGCUGAGGCAUGAGAGGGGGACUUUGGGAUGCUCUGUUCAAUCUUAUCUGCAGGGAGGAGUCCUGCCACCUCAGAUGCUUGACUCUAUUGGUACUCUACCUGCUUCUCUUCCCUGGUUGCCAUCUUGUAGGCUUCUCUCUCAUACCCCCACCCACCCAGUGGGACCCUCAUUGGAGAGGAAAAUUUGCCCCACCCUUCUGGCAGUGCUCGGGGUCUGCCCCUGCCAGGGGGUCUCCGUGAUGGGGACACCGUGCUUCUUCGCAAGUCGUCCCACAUGUCUCUAGGGAAUUUUUGGAUGCCUUCCGCCAGCGCCAGGAGCAGUGGUGUGUUGUUUGCUGAAGCCAAUUUCUGGGAACAUCAAGAUACUGCUGGUCCCUGGUGUGAGGUUUUGCUUGAUGUCAAAACACGGGUAUGUGGGGACCCCUUAAUGCUAGGCCCCUGAGCUGGGGUCUCCAGUUCUCCCUCCCAUGGUGGGAGCUCAGAGGAGCUGAGCUCUUCUGGCUUUCUGUUUGCUGUCAGGGUGGCAGCUCUCCGGUCCUUCCCAUUCUUGGAUGGGGUCUGCCAUGCAGGAUCCUCCGCCAUGCUGAGCUCAAUGCGGAGAAGGGCUCUGUGUGCCAGUCAGAUCCCACUUAAUGCCUUCGUUUGAGGGCACAGGUGAUGCUAGGCCAUGUGCCAAGCCACUUAUGCCCUCUGGGGUAAAGUCCACCCUUGCCUUAUACCUCACCAGUGGGACUCUGUCCAGGACUGGGAGCGCAGUCAUUAGUAUCUGAUGGCUUUUUGAUUCCUCCCUGUGCAAAGAGUGACCUCUGAUCUCCUGUGGGGCAGGGGUGCGUGUCUUACAGUGCUACCUCCAUUGGCCCAUCCUUGGUACUCCUGGUAGAGGGGACAUGGCUUGAAUGGAUCAUGGGGGAUGAAACUUGCAGCUUGGCCCUGUUCCAGGCUGGGACGAGGGCUCCAUCCUCUUGCAAAGUCAGGAUCUUCUGUUAGUGGGAUGUCCCCUCAACAUCCAGGAAACUGGCCUGCAGGGAGUGCUGCUAAUUUGUGACCUCUCUCCCUCCCCUGAGCAUACUUGGACCAUGCUGCACUCCGUGGCCUCUGUCUGCAAGUCGGAUCACUUGCAAGUGAGGGCAGUGCCUGGAGAGACCAAGCCUCUGUGCUGACUGGCCUAGGUGUGAAUCUCCGUAGAGCUUCUCAGUGUACAGAUUCAGGCUUUCCUUACCUGGGGAGGGAAAAUGAAAGAGCUCCAGUCCCUUCAUAGUGAUGGUUAACUAAAGCAUCCUCCAGUUGGACUCAAGGAAUGAGGGACUGGUCUUUCUGCUAGUGUCCCAGCUAUGGUGUGGCUGUCUUUUCCCUGUUGCAUAAUCUUAGUAUUUUUGGCACAGAAACCUCAGCAGUGAGGGCAGAGCUGCCCCCCAAGCCUUGAUGGCACGAGGUUCCUGCUUUAGCGUCUGUAGCACAGUGCCCAGCAUAUGGAUGUGCCAAUCUCCCUCCGCUCCCAGGUGCUUCAAAUCACUGUGAUGGCACAGAGCAACACGUUUUCCAGCCAGGGGUGCAAUAGGUGGUUGCUCAGUCCUGCAAUUUUGCUCCCCCCAACUAUGAGGGCGUGAGGAAGAGUGGGGCAGACAGCCAGCAUGCGCUCUCCCAUGUGCUUGGCCUCAGGGCCUCUGGCUCUGGAGGCGGGCAGGGAGGUGUGUGAGCAAUACUUCUCUCUGGCCCCAGUGCCUUGCACAGCUGCUGGGCUCCGGAGAUUGCCAAGGACAGUCUCAUUGGGAGACCGGAUGCAGAGACCCACAUGGGGUUUCCCACUUUCCAGCCCUGGGGACAGCCAGGCAUACAUGUGAGCAUUGGCUGUGUGCUGCACUCUCUACCCCCCUGCCUCUGCACCCCAGAGACAGGGGAGCAGGGUCCCUGGACUGAGCACCCCCUAGUUGCACCCCUGGGAACCACUUCAAAAUGAGGUACUUCUAGGCAACGUCUUUACUUAAAUCCAA